AAGAACUCAAGCACGAACCUUGGUUUGUGAGAUUUCGAGGAUAAUAAUAUCAAGCAACAGUGAUUCUCAAAUCUCACAAGAUUGCGAGUACUUUAAAACAAUCCAAAGCGUUAUCAUAAGCUCUCUUUUUGUAUGAAUUCAAUAAUUGCUUUCAAUUGAAAGUUGAUCAUGGGUGACAUAAAAGCAUUUUUGCAUCAGUGGUGUGCUAAAAACGGGCAUGAUCCGCAAUUUGACGUUAGACCGACAGGUCCCAAAAAUCGACAACGAUUCUUGUGUGAGCUUCGGGUUACUGGCUAUAAUUAUGUCGGGGCAGGUAACUCAACAAAUAAAAAAGAUGCCCAGGGUAACGCGGCUCGUGAUUUUGUCAACUAUCUCGUUCGCAUGGCAAUUGUCAACUCCAAGGAUAUACCUGUGGAUACUGCCGCUCCUGCUCAGACGUCAGGGCCUAUUGAAGCAACCUCAGCUUCCCCAGUGCCUAUGAGGCCAGUUUUUCAAGAUGGAAUGGGACCCAAUGAAAUGGGUCAAGCAUACAGACCAUACAAUGGAAGUGGACAAAGAAAUUAUACGUAUAUUGAUAGGAUUGCAGAGCAGAAGAAAGUUGAGGAAGCUGAAGAUUUGGACGUUAAUGCUGCAAUCCAUGGAAAUUGGACAAUAGAAAAUGCAAAGUCUAAGCUCCAUCAGUUUAUGCAAACUAAUAAAAUUAAUGCUGACUAUAAAUAUACCCCUGUUGGGCCAGAUCACACGAGGAGCUUUCUGGCUGAAAUGUCGAUUUAUGUGAAACAACUUGGGCGAAAUGUCACGGGCCGCGAAACUGGGUCCAACAAACAAACAGCAUCCAAAAGUUGUGCUUUAUCCCUUAUUCGCCAGCUAUAUCAUCUUGGUAUCAUUGAGGCAUUCAGUGGUACGAUGAAAAAAAAUAAGGAAGGUGAAAUCAUGAAACCUUAUCCUGUCAAAGUUUCACCUGAAUUGGAAGCGCAGGUUCACGAGGUUCUACAGGGUCUAGAAAUUACACCCAUCAGUAAUUUCAAUUCUCCAACGGAGACAUCAGAGCCUGACAAGAAUUCAAGUCCUGCUGCUGGCGUAUCAUUGAUAACAAAUCGGGUCUUGGACGAUUUUAUUUCAUCUAAGCCUCAACCAGCUGGUGUAGUGAGCUGGUCUCCACCUCAACAAAACUGGAAUCCAUGGACUGGCUGCAACAUUGACGAAGGACCACUGGCUUCAAUAGACUUGGACAAAUUGUCCGAGGAUAUAAUGCUUGAUCUCAAAGACCGGCAGCAACAAGACACUGUUUUGCAAAACUCUAUCCAGGACCGAUCAAAACUGCCGGUUUUUGCUAAAAGGAAUGAAAUUAUGGCUGCCAUUAAUGAUAACCCAGUUAUUAUCAUCAGGGGUAACACGGGCUGUGGUAAAACCACACAGGUGUGUCAAUUCAUCCUGGAUGAUUACAUAGCUUCAGGACAAGGCGCAUAUUGCAGUAUAGCUAUCACACAGCCAAGACGAAUAUCGGCUGUCUCUGUAGCAGACCGGGUUGCUUCUGAACGGUGUGAAUCUAUAGGUCAAGCUGUAGGAUAUUCAGUGAGAUUUGAAUCUUGUCUUCCAAGACCUUACGCCAGUAUGAUGUUUUGUACGGUUGGAGUACUCUUAAAAAAAUUGGAAGGAGGCCUCAGAGGAGUGUCGCAUGUUAUCGUCGACGAAAUUCACGAAAGGGAUGUGAAUUCAGACUUUAUAAUGGUCAUUCUCCGAGAUAUGAUUCAUCUAUACCCAGAUCUGCGAGUAAUCCUCAUGUCUGCUACCAUUGACACUACUUUGUUCAGUGAAUACUUCAAUAAAUGCCCAGUUAUUGAAAUCCCUGGUCGAGCUUAUCCAGUGCAACAGUACUUCCUUGAAGACUGUGUCCAGAUGACUAAUUUUGUGCCACCAGCAGACACUCGAAAAAGGAAGAAUCGGGACUCCGAAGAUAACUCAGCUGAGGGCGAGCAGGAAGAGAAUUGCAAUAGAAUGAUCGGCGCCAAUUAUUCAAUCCAGACGAAGAAUGCAAUGGCACAGAUAAGCGAAAAAGAGAUCAGUUUUGAACUCAUUGAAGCCAUUUUAGAAUACAUUAAAAAUCAAGAAAUUCCCGGGGCUGUGCUAAUAUUUCUACCAGGUUGGAAUCUAAUAUUCGCCCUGAUGAAACACUUGCAGCAACAUCCGUUGUUGGGUGGCUCAGGCUACAUAAUUAUUCCAUUACAUUCUCAGCUGCCCAGGGAAGACCAACGUAAAGUAUUCGAUCCAGUGCCAGAUGGUGUAACGAAAAUAAUUUUGGCAACAAAUAUAGCUGAAACUUCCAUCACAAUCAAUGAUGUGGUUUACGUUAUCGACUCUUGUAAAGCCAAGAUGAAGCUAUUUACAUCGCACAAUAAUAUGACUAAUUACGCUACCGUAUGGGCAAGCAGAACUAAUUUGGAACAGCGUAAAGGCCGAGCCGGUCGGGUUAAACCUGGAUUCUGCUUUCAUCUCUGCUCUCGUGCUCGAUAUGAAAAAAUGGAUGAACACGUUACUCCAGAAAUGUUCAGAACGCCUUUGCACGAGUUAGCACUCAGUAUUAAACUCUUGAGACUAGGAAGCAUUGGACAAUUUUUAUCCAAAGCAAUUGAACCUCCACCAAUUGAUGCCGUCAUUGAGGCUGAAGUUCUUUUGCGAGAGAUGAAAUGCUUGGACUCCAAUGAUGAAUUGACUCCCCUUGGUAAAAUAUUGGCUCGACUUCCAAUCGAACCACGUUUGGGUAAAAUGAUGAUUCUUGGGUGCAUAUUCAGAGUUGGUGAUGCGUUAUCGACCAUGGCAGCUAACAGCACUACUCUCCCAGAAGUUUAUAACAUGGGGCCAGACAUGAGAAGAUUAUCCUACCAGCAAAAGUGGUUUGCUGGGGCCAGAUACAGCGACCACGUCGCUAUGCUUCAUGCAUUUCAAGCUUGGGAAGAGACCAGGGGUGGUGGAGAAUAUGCAGAACAGACUUUCUGUGACUCCAAAAAUCUUAGCCUUCCAACACUCAGAGUAACUUGGGAAGCUAAGAAUCAACUGCAAAGUCUUCUACAGAGCACUGGAUUCCCUGAGGAAACACUCUGCCCUACACCUCUGAACUAUCAAGCUGGAGCAGAUGUACGACUCGACACAAUAACUGCAUUGUUGUGCAUGGGUCUAUAUCCGAACGUCUGUUUUCACAAAGAAAAACGCAAGGUCCUGACCACAGAAUUUAAGUCAGCGUUGAUCCAUAAAACAUCAGUUAACUGUAGUAACUUUGAGCAAAAUUUUCCAUUCCCAUUUUUCGUAUUUGGUGAAAAGAUUCGAACUCGGGCUGUUUCCUGCAAGCAAAUGACUAUGGUGUCACCAAUUCAUUUGCUCUUAUUUGGGUCUCGCAGAGUCGAAUAUAUCGACGGUGUAGUUAGGCUAGACAAUUGGAUUAACUUAGAUAUGAAACCGACAACAGCUGCUGCAAUUGUGGCUCUCAGACCAGCCUUGGAAGGCUUAGUUAUUAGAGCUAGUAAAGAUCCAGAAACGAUUUUGGAACUGAGUCCACUAGAUGAAAAGGUAUUAGCAGUGAUCAAGGCAAUCUGUGGUAUGAAUGCCUGCCGAUACGAAAUGGACCCAAUAACUGGAGGAGGUUUUCAGUCUCAGAGACCACCAAGAGGUCACUCAACCGGUUUUAAUUCAGGUGGUAACGGACCGCCACAUAAAAUGUUUCGGGACAAUAAUAAUCAGGGCGGAAGAGGUUUUGGGUUUGGAGGAAACAACUUGAGGGGUGGACGAUUCAAUUCUCCUGGGCGAAGUGCCUAUAAUAGUGGCGGUGGUUUCAUACGUAGAGGAAACAGCAAUUACAGUGGCGGAUAUAGUGGCAGAUAUUAUUAAACUUUCAAUUGUUAAUAUGUCAUUUACAAUUAUGCAAUGCUGUUAUCUACAUUACAGUCAUCAAUAAUCUAUUCGAAUUCAACUAUGUCAACUCAUGAUUUUAGUUUUAAUUUGUUUAGCAAUGAGACCAUCAAUGAUCAAAUAAUAAAUAAAUCUAUCGAGCUAAAAAAA